AUGUCUGUCCAAUCUUCCAGCGAUCUUCAUACCGUCCACUCUUUGGAAAACAUCACCAUGGAGUUUUCCAUGGAUAAUAGCAAAACAAAACUCAAACACCAACACCAAAACUCCGCUUCCGCAAGCAGCAUCCUAUCAUCGAUCGAUGUCCCCGGACAAACAAAAUCAAAAAUAUCCCCAAAUGGUUUGAUCAAUGAUUUGAACUCCAAGCUUGUCAUCGUCAUGGUGGGACUUCCCGCCCGAGGGAAAUCAUACCUCACUAAAAAAGUCACCAGGUACUUGAACUGGUUACAAUAUAAUACCAAAAUUUUCAACGUUGGUAAUACUCGUCGUUUAUCCAAACAAAACAAGGGUCCUGCUGCCAGACCAUUUGAAAUGGACGAUCCUGCAUCAGAUAAUAAUAAUAAUAAUAAUAAUAAUAAUAACAAUAAUAAUACCAUCACCUCUCAUGACGCCAGUUUCUUUGAUCCCCAAAAUGAAAAUUCGUUACAAAUCCGUGAAACUUGGGCCAUGGACACUUUGGAUCAACUCAUUGAUUACCUCAUCAAGGACAAUGGUACCGUGGGGAUUUUCGACGCCACCAACACCACCAAACUCCGCCGUCGUCAUAUCAUCGAAGCCAUCCGUCAAAAGACCCCUGAACACUCGAACCUCAAGAUCUUAUUCCUCGAAAGUAUUUGUACUGAUCGCCGGAUCAUUAACCGUAAUAUGAAAUUGAAACUUAGUGGACCAGAUUAUAAAGAUAAGGACCCGAUUGAAGCAAUGAAGGAUUUCAAAACCCGGUUGAACAAUUACGAAGAGGCAUACCAAACCAUCGAUGAUGAUGAAGAGGCUUAUUACGAAAGCAUUAAUGAAAACUUACAAUACAUCAAAAUCAUUAACGCCGGCAAGAAAAUCACUUCGUACAACAUUUCCGGGUUUCUUAGUUCUCAAGUGGUGUUUUUCAUGUUGAACUUCAACUUGAACGAACGACAAAUCUGGAUUUCCCGCCACGGUGAAACUUAUGAUAAUCUCAACGGCAAGCUUGGGUUUACUAAACAAGGCUCUAGAUUGACUCCUCUUGGCGAACGUUAUGGUCAAUGUUUGGCAAGGUUUAUGAAUUUCAAAAAAAAAGAGUUUCGCCUUCGUCAAUUGAAAAAGCACUAUAUUGAGGAAUCGUAUUUAGAUGAAGAUGACGACGAAGCCCUUAAACCUUCGACGACAACGACCUCCCGUCUUUCUCCCGAACUUCAUAUGUCAGUUUGGUCGUCAAUGCUUAAGCAAACCGUGCAAUCUGCCGACUAUUUCAAUGAUCGUGAUUUCAACAAAAAACAGCUCAAGAUGCUCAACGAGUUAUCUCAUGGUAAAGUCAAUGGUAUGAGUCCCAAAAAAUUUGCCCAAAAAUUCCCUCAAGAUUUCAAGAAUUAUCAAACCAUUUAUUACGAAGAUGAGUACCUGAGCUCGAAUUCGCGUCGCAAACUCCUUCAUCGUUUCCCCGGUGGCGAAUCUUACCUUGAUGUUAUCAAUCGUCUUCGUCCAUUGAUUGUCGAACUCGAACGUAUGGACGAUCAUAUUCUCUUACUCACCCAUAAAGUGGUGGCAAGAGUGCUUCUUUCUUACUUUAUGAACUUGGAAAAAGACUACAUCACCGAGCUUGAUGUGCCACUUCAUUGUGUUUACGUUCUUGAACCGAAGCCAUACGGUGUAGAUUGGAAUAUGUACCAGUAUGAUGCGGAUGUCGACUGGUUUUUUGCGGUCAACAAGGAGGAUAUUUUGAGAAAGAAGAAGAAGAGAGAAAUGAUAUCCCCGGAAUUGGUUGAUCUUUGGAGGCUUACUCGUACGUCGUCACGUCAACAGGACGAUGUUUUGAAGAAAAGAAAGAAGAACACCAAUUUCUACAUUGAAUCACCAAGUGAGCCUGGCACCCCGCAGCGAAUUUCUCUGGCGGGCAAUGGGGUGGGCAAUGACGGAAGAAAUCUUGCAUCGUUAGCAGCCAUCAUGAUGGGAGCGAGUUCCUCGAUAUCUUCUGCGCGUAGCUUGGCAAAUGUCAAGCAUGGUGUUGGACCAUCAAGAUUUUCGUCGCAUCAGCAAGUCAAUAUUAAUGAUGUUAAUGAUAUUGUACAAUUCAGUAACUCUCCUCAAACAACUUCGCCAGUUCAUACUUCGUUUAAUUCUGAUGAUGAAGUCGAGUCGAAUGCUCAUGAUUAUGGCUCUGAUGAUGAUGAUGAUGAAGAUGAUGAUGAAGAUGAUGAGGAGGAGGAGGAGGAGGAAGAUGACGAUGAUGAUGAUGAAGGAUCACGAACUGACGAAGAAAAUAAUGACGAAAUACAUGAAGACAAUAACGAGUAUUGGUACUUUCAAUUAGAUAAUGAUAAUCAUGAUGACAAUACUAUGAUGAUGGGAUCACAUGCCACUUUAAACUCGUCAUCUUCAGAAUCUUCUAGUGAUAAUGAGGAUGAAACAACCACCAAGUUGGAUAAUAUUCUUGGACAAGCGACGGCUGGUCUUGUGUUAGAUGACAAAGCUAGUUACUCAUCACAAAUUCGAUCUACUAGUGUAUCGCCAUGUCUUAAUCCGUACGAGCCCUCCGAAGAAGGAUGUGUCAAAUUUCCUAGUGGCAGUGGAUCGAGUACCUCGAUGAUGUCAAACCAGACGCCGCAAACAUUGAGCGUCAACAAUAGUGACGUUAAUCUUAAAUCAUUGCCAAUAAUUGGAGAAACGGUGGUGAUGAAAGAAAAUCCAGAGAAUAAUGAUAAUAAUAAUAAUAAUAAUAAUAAUAAUAAUAAUAAUAAUAAUAAUAAUAAUAAUAAUAAUACAAAACUUUCGAUCAAUACCAAGUUUUAA